AUGAAGCGGGCGAGCGAGAGGGAUUCCAGCCCGGCCGGGUCCGGGGGCACGCGGGGCGCCUCCUCCGCCAAACGGCCGCGGGAACGGGAGCGCGAAAGCAGCACCGGCGGAGGCAGCGGCAGCAGCAGCCGGCGGGGCCCGCACCGGAGCUCGGGCGCCUCUUCCUCCUCCGCCUCCUACAAGACCCUGCUGGUGAGCGGCCUGAGCCCAGCCCUGCCCGACCAGCUGCUGGAAGAUGGCCUCUUCCGUCAGUUCCAGCGAUUUGCCAGCGGCGGUGCCAGUGACAUUAGCGUCAAACUCUCCCACACGCCGGAUCUGGGCCGGGUCGCUUACGUGAACUUCAGACACCCGGCGGAUGCCCGAGAUGCCCGGCGGCAUGCCCGAGCCCGGCAGCUUCUCCUUUUUGAUCGCCCCCUCAAGGUGGAGCCGGUGUACCUGCGAGGGGGCCGACGAAGCCGCACGCCCCCGCCAGCCCCAGCCCCUGAACCGCUGGCGUUUCUGCCCCACAUCCACGGUAUUUAUCCCUACAAGCAGAGAUCCCUGUCGCCGGUGGCUAGCCCUUUGCUGCGGGAGCCUCGGCCCCGGCAUGCUCAAGCGGCUGCUGCAGCGUUUGCCUUGGAAGCCGUGGCCUUGGGGCUCUCACGGGAGCGGGAGAGGGUGCUGGAUUACUAUGGGCUCUAUGAUGAGCGUGGACGCCCCUAUAGCUACCCCCUGGUAGCAGAGGAGGAUCUCAUGCCAGAAGAUGAUCAGAGAGCGACUCGGAAUCUCUUCAUUGGCAAUCUCGACCAUAACGUCUCUGAGGUGGAACUGAGACGUGCCUUUGAGAAAUAUGGUAUCAUUGAGGAGGUGGUAAUCAAGCGGCCUGCACGAGGCCAAGGUGGAGCCUAUGCCUUCCUCAAGUUCCAGAACUUGGACAUGGCCCACCGGGCCAAGGUUGCCAUGUCUGGCCGGGUUAUUGGCAGGAACCCUAUCAAAAUUGGCUAUGGGAAAGCCAACCCCACUACCAGACUAUGGGUAGGUGGCCUUGGUCCAAGUACUUCGCUAGCUGCCCUUGCUAGGGAAUUUGAUCGUUUUGGUAGCAUUAGGACUAUUGACUAUGUGAAGGGUGACAGUUUUGCAUAUAUACAGUAUGAAAGCUUGGAUGCAGCCCAGGCUGCCUGUGCACAGAUGAGGGGCUUUCCUUUGGGUGGGCCAGACAGAAGACUCCGGGUGGAUUUUGCCAAAGCUGAGGAGACGCGCUAUCCUCAGCAGUACCAACCUGCGCCCCUGCCUGUACACUAUGAGUUGCUACCUGAAAGCUACAGCAGACACAGGAGUCUAGAGCAAGACUUAAGGGUGAGAGACAGGACUCCUCCUCAUCUCCUUUAUUCAGACAGGGAAAGGAGCUUCCUAGAGGCAGAUUGGGCCAGUCCUGUCAAAAAUGCAGAGCGCAGAAAUAAUUUGGAGACAUAUACUCGGUCAGUACGCAGCCGGAGUGGAGAACGUUGGGGCAGCGAUGGUGACCGCAGUGCACUCAAGCCUUGGGAGGACAGGCGUAAACGUCGUAGCCUUUCCAAUGACCGUGGGAGGACUUCUCAUUCCCCAUAUGAGGACAGGGGCAGGGUAAAGCCUGGUGGGGCAGCUGUAGAUCGCAGCCCAGAUUUGACUCGGAAGGAGAACCACGCCACUGAGUCCCCCACAGAGAAGGAGCAGAAAAACUCCCUCCCAAACAACCGGCAUGCAUCGGAGGAGAAACCUCAUCGUGAAACAUCUGAUCCUCCUCAGCCAAAAAAAAGGGACAGUGAACGCAAUCAUCGAACUGGUGAGUCUGAGUUGAAGACUCAAGAAGAGUCCAAACCUGAAACCAAGAAGUUAAAAAGCUUGUCAGAUUAUGCCCAUACACUGCAGCUUGCCUGGAAUGGGCUACUUGUCCUGAAAAACAGCUGCUUCCCGACAUCUAUGCACAUCUUGGAAGGGGACUUGGGGGUCAUCAAUGGGCUUCUGAAAGACCACUUGUCUGGGGGAAAGCUUACACAGCUCAAGAUUGCUCAGCGGCUUCGGCUUGACCAGCCCAAACUGGAUGAAGUAACUCGACGUAUCAAGCAAGGAAGUCCGAAUGGCUAUGCUGUGCUGCUGGCUACCCAGGCUGCUCAAGGAGCAGGCACUGAAGGGGCCUUCCCUAUGGUGGAGCCUGGCUUGCAAAGGAGGCUUCUCAGGAAUCUGGUCUCUUACUUGAAACAGAAACAGGCUGCUGGGGUAAUCAGCCUUCCUGUGGGAGGGGCAAAGGGCAAAGACAGCACGGGCAUGCUUUAUGCUUUUCCUCCCUGUGAAUUCUCCCAGCAGUACCUCCAGUCCGCACUAAGGACAUUGGGAAAGCUAGAAGAAGAACAUAUGGUGAUAGUGAUAGUCAAAGAUACUGCCUAGUAUUUACUCUCAGUCUCUUCUCUUUCCUCGCUCUGAUUUCAUGUUUAUUUGUGUCUCACACCGCCUGGUUACUUUUACAGCCAAUUAUUUGAGUGGGGCCCCAAAAGUUCUCCAACAAAAUCCUACAAUUUUCUUAGUUUCUAAUUACUUUUAAUACCAUUUUAACAAAUCCCACUUUAUUUGUUUUUAAUAUGUGACACUGUCUGCUGUGUUCUUAUUUUUUAAAUGUAUGGAAAAUUGUCAGUAAAGCCUUGUUCACUGAUGGAUUUUUAACUUUGUGCAGUGUCCUGGUUUCUGUAGUCUGCCAAUGGCUGGCUCUGUGUUCCAGUAGAUACAGGUAUCACUUGCUUCCGUUCCUAACAGCACCUCCUUGCACUGCUGUUCAACAUUGUUAUACCAGUUUUGUGCUCUUUGAUUUUCCUUUUGAUAGUUGAAGCUUGGUUGCUUCUUUCCUCAACAGUUAAGUAGUUUAUUUCAGUUUU